AGCCCAGACCAGUUCCUCCCAGGAUCCAGUAUCUGGCCAGCAGGAGGCAGGAAGGUGCAGGGGCCUGGGAGCUGGCCCCGAGGUGGUGAAACACUGACCUGACCCUCCCUGGACUCACCCUUCCUUCCCCCUCCCUGGGGACGGGGUGGCAGCCCUGGGCUCCUUGCCUAAUCCUGUGGUUUUGCUAUCUUCACCCAGCGGCACGGCGGAGGGGACGGGCAGAGCUGGCCACCAUGGCGACGCUCUUCUCCCACCCCCAGCGGCGCCCUCCCCUCUUGCGCCAGGCCAUCAAGAUAAGGCGCCGCAGGGUCAGAGAUGUGCAGGAGCCUCUGCCCCUGAGGGCUCAGGAGAUCAAGCCUCCGUCCCACCACUUAACCCCUGAGGAGCGGGCCCUGCUCUACGAGGAAGCGCUCUACACUGUCCUGCACCGCCUGGGUCAGCCUGAGCCCAACCAUGUGGUGGAGUCCUCGGAGCUGCUGCGAUACCUGCAGGAGGCCUUCCACAUGGAGCCUGAGGAGCACCAGCAGAUGCUGCAGCAGGUCCGGCAGCUCGAGAAGCCAAUAUUUUGUCUGAAGGCGACAGUGAAACAAGCCAAGGGCAUUCUGGGCAAGGAUGUCAGUGGGUUUAGUGACCCCUACUGCCUGCUGGGCAUCGAACAGGGGGUGGGCGUGCCGGGGGGCAGCCCUGGGCCCCGGCGUCAGCAGAAGGCUGUGGUGAGACACACCAUCCCGGAGGAGCAGACCCACCGCACCCAGGUCAUCACCCAGACACUCAACCCCGUCUGGAACGAGACCUUCAUCCUAGAGUUUGAGGACAUAAGCAAUGCCAGCUUUCAUCUGGACAUGUGGGACCUGGACUCCGUGGAGUCUGUCAGACAGAAGCUCGGGGAGCUCACAGAUCUGCAUGGGCUGCGAAGGAUCUUUAAGGAGGCUCGGAAGGACAAAGGCCAGGACGACUUUCUGGGGAACGUGGUUUUGAGACUACAGGACCUGCGCUGCCGGGAGGAUCAAUGGUACCCUCUGGAGCCUUGCACGGAAACGUACCCAGACCGCGGUCAGUGCCACCUCCAGUUCCAGUUCAUUCACAAGCGGAGAGCCACUGCGGCCAGCCGCUCCCAGCCCAGCUACACAGUGCACCUCCACCUGCUGCAGCAGCUCGUGUCCCACGAGGUCACCCAGCACCAGGCAGGCAGUACCUCCUGGGAUGGGUUGCUGAGUCCACAGGCUGCCACCAUCCUCUUCCUCCAUGCCACGCAGAAGGACCUGUCUGACUUCCACCGGUCCAUGGCGCAGUGGCUGGCCUACAGCCGUCUCUACCAGAGCCUGGAGUUCCCCAGCAGCUGCCUCCUGAAACCCAUCACCAGCAUUGAGUACCAGUGGAUCCAGGGCCGGCUCAAGGAAGAGCAGCUGGAGGAGCUGGCCACCUCGUUCAACUCCCUGCUGGCCUAUGGCCUCUCCCUCAUCCGGAGGUUCCGGUCUGUCUUCCCCCUCUCCGUCUCCGACUCCCCAGCCCGCCUGCAGUCUCUCCUUAGGGUCCUGGUGCAGAUGUGCAAGAUGAAGGCCUUUGGAGAACUGUGCCCCAGCAGCACCCCACUGCCCCGCCUGGUGACCGAGGCGCUGCGGGCUGGCACGGUUGAAUGGUUCCACCUGAAGCAGCAGCACCAUCAGCCCAUGGUGCAGGGUAUGCUGGAGGCGGGCCAGGCCUUGCUGAGCCUGGUACAGGACAUCACUGGUGACCUACACCAGUGCCAGCGCACGUGGAACAAGAUCUUCCUUAAUGUCCUCAAGAUCGACCUCUUCUCCUUGGCCUUCCUGGAGCUGCAGUGGCUGGUGGCCAAGCGGGUGCAGGACCACACGGCGGCAGUGGGCAACUCCAUGUCCCCAGAGGUGGGCGAGAGUCUGUUCCAGCUCUACAUCAGUGUCAAGGAGCUCUGCCAGCUGGGCCCUGUCCCCACAGAGAGGGAUGGAGUUCUGGCCCUGGAUGGCUUCCACCGCUGGUUCCAGCUAGCCAUCCCCUCCUGGCUGCAGAAGACGUAUAGUGUGGCCCUGGCGCGGGUGCAGCGUGCUGUACAGAUGGACGAGCUGGUGCCCCUGGGUGAAUUGACCAAGCAUAGCACAUCAGCUGUGGAUCUGUCCACCUGCUUUGCCCAGAUCAGCCACACUGCCCGGCAGCUGGACUGGCCCGACCCAGAGGAGGCCUUCAUGAUCACUGUCAAGUUCGUGGAGGACACCUGUCGGCUGGCCCUGGUGUACUGCAGCCUUAUAAAAGCCCGGGCCCGUGAGCUCUCUGCAGGCCAGAAGGACCAAGGCCAGGCGGCCAACAUGCUGUGUGUGGUGGUGAAUGACAUGGAGCAGCUGCGGCUGGUGAUUGGCAAACUGCCCACCCAGCUGGCAUGGGAGGCGCUGGAGCAGCGCGUGGGUGCUGUGCUGGAGGAGGGGCAGCUGCAGAACACGCUGCACGCCCAGCUGCAGGGCGCACUGGCUGGGCUGGGCCACGAGAUCCGCACUGGCGUCCGGACCUUGGCCGAGCAGCUGGAGGUGGGCAUUGCCAAGCACAUCCAGAAACUCGUGGGCAUCAAGGAGUCCGUCCUGCCUGAGGAUGCCAUUCUGCCCCUGAUGAAGUUCCUGGAGGUGGAGCUCCACUACAUGAACACCAACUUGGUGAAGGAGAACUUCAGCAGCCUUCUGACCCUGCUCUGGACCCACACGCUCACGGUGCUGUCAGAGGUGGCUGCCUCCCAGCGGAGCUGCCCCCUGGCCUCUAGCAGGCUGAAGAUUGCACUACAGAACCUGGAGAUCUCCUUCUACGCUGAGGGCUGUGGCCUGCUGCCCGAGGCCCUGCACACGGCCACCUUCCAGGCUCUGCAGAGGGACCUGGAGCUGCAGGCGGCCUCCAGCCGGGAGCUCAUCCAGAAGUACUUCUGCAGCCGCAUCCAGCAGCAGGCAGAAACCACCUCAGAGGAGCUUGGGGCCAUCACGGUCAAGGCCUCCUACCGUGCCUCUGAGCAGAAGCUGCGUGUGGAGCUGCUCAGUGCCUCCAGCCUGCUGCCCCUGGACUCCAACGGCUCCAGCGACCCCUUUGUCCAGCUGACCUUGGAGCCCAGGCAUGAGUUUCCUGAGCUGGCCCCCCGGGAGACGCAAAAGCACAAGAAGGACCUUCACCCACUGUUCGAUGAGACCUUUGAAUUCCUGGUGCCUGUGGAGCCAUGCCAGAAGGACGGGGCGUGCCUCAUGCUCACGGUGCUGGACCAUGACACCCUGGGGGCCGACGACCUGGAAGGGGAGGCCUUCCUGCCGCUGCAGGCGGUGCCGGGCCUGACGGGGACUGAGGAGCCUGGUGAGGUGCCUCAGACCCGCCUGCCCCUCACCUAUCCUGCACCCAACGGGGACCCAAUCCUGCAGCUGCUGGAGAGCCGGAGGGGCGACCGCGAGGCCCAGGCGCUGGUGAGGCUGCGACGGCAGCGCGCCAAGCAGGCCUCCCAGCACGCCCUGCGGCCAGGGCCGUAGCAGUGGAGGUUGGGCCCCAGUAGGGACGGGCUUUCCUGGGAAGCCUGGGUUCUCCCCAUCCCAGUGUUGCCCUCCUGUCUGGUCUAACACUCUGUAAGGGCCCUGAAGUCUGAGGAGCCCCAGCAUAUGGGGCUCCUGUUGCCAGAAUUGGGGUCCACUGUGAUGGGGCCCCAUUCGCAGUAUUUAUGCUCCCCCCACCUCAGCCCUGGCCUCAGCAUUCUCUGCCAAAUCCAGCCUCGGGGGAAGGGAGACAGCUGUCUGCACGCCUUGCCCCUGCUACCUUUUAGGGAAAAGCUGCUUUAGCAGAGCAGGGUCUCAGCCCUCCGUCUUCUGGCAGGACUAGUCCAGCCACUGGGGCUGGGGGCCAGGCUCCUUGGGCCUGUUCUUCAGCAACCAUAAUCAAGGAAGCUGGGGUCCUCUCCUGCGGGGGCUGCCAGCACCCGCCUGGGCUAAGGAGCCUAGAGCCAGGGGCCUUCUAGCUGUGAAGGGAGUGAGAACUGGUGAGCAGUGGGGCUGGAAGCUGGCACAGAAGGGCGAAAACACGAAGGACAGUUUGGCGAGCUGUGUCUGCUGAGGACACCUCCUUGGGACAGUCCUUGCCACCUAGAAACUUUCUUAGCAAAAAUAAAAAAUAAAUAAUCCA